AUGAAAUCUUCAGACGCGUCUGCAAACAUUUUCCCUACAAAUAAUCAUUUAAUUCCUUCAAAAGUAUUUUUAACUGAAGCCAAGCAAGAAAUUGACAUCCCAGUAACUCCCUAUUUAGCAAGGAUUUGAUGAGCAUCCAGAAUAUGAACAAAUGUUCAAUGAGCAGCUUAAAAGAUCUCAACUUAUGAAAAAUAUAGGCAUAGAAUCAAUUGGAAAUCUCCCUGACAAAAGUGAUUGAAAAGAAACUUAUAUUAAAAACCGUAUUGAGCUAGAAAAAGCAAAAGCCUUUGAACGCCAAAGAAUCCAAGACGAAAAUUUUGAGAAUCGGAGAAAACGGCAAGAAGAAAUCAACCUUCAGCGGGAGAUCACAACUAAAAGAAAAUACGACCAAGCCUUAAGGAAAAUUAACUUUAAGCUGAAUGAUCCGAAAUAUACCCAAGCUCCUUUUUACCCUGGUUUCCGAUUUUUUGAAGCCCUAAUUACUGCAAAAAAAUUUUCAGUCUCACUUUUAUCAAUAAAUAUCCCAAACACAUUAUAUGUCCUAGAAUCUCAAUCCCACUGACUUUAUACAAGUGAAAAUGAUGGGAAAAUCAGGGAUGAAAAAGAAUUUUCAAAGCAUCAAGUUUACACGUGCUUUGAAAACUUCCGUGAUGAAUCUUUUGAUAUUUGUGCAAUUUUAAGGCACCCUACAAGCGUUUGUGAUAUGGAAGCUAAUCCGCUUGGAUGGGUGGAAUUUUCAGAUAAGCUAUUAAAAGGGAACUUGAAUAUAUAAAAUAGUACGAAAACUGUUGAGCUUUUAAUUUUGAUAACCAGGGAAAGGGGAGGUAAAUUAGAUAGCUGACGAACACCCAGCAAGGGAAUCUCCUCAGUCGAAAGUGGCACUCAAGAAGAGGACGAUCUGGCCUGUGAACAUUCCAGAGUUGGAGUUAAAAAGGUGGCACUCUGUGGUUGGAAUGGUGAUAAUUAGCGAUAUCCUAUGGACCUUGGUAACAUCACGACGAGAAACCAGGGGUUUCUGCUCGGGCUGCAAGACGGUAGCAAUCUGCUACCCCUCAGCACACCACUACGGAACGGAGCGAUCAGUGAAGUAGGUAUUAUAAAUACCUUCAGAAUUUAAUCUAAUCUAAUAGAGAACUUGACUAGUGGAACUAUGAUACAGAGAUAUAUAAGACCAAAUGGAGAAAGACCAAGUGUUAUUAGGCUGUUUUAUAUCAGCGAAACAAAAGAUAAUAAAGCUUCUUUUGCUUACUGCAUAGUAAGUAGUAUGAGAGCUAUAGAACAAUAUUCGCAAGCGAAAAAUAUAGUGUGCAGCAAUAUAAUUGGCGGCUUUGAUAUGUAUCAAAUGCAUGGACUCGCCAUUUCUGAACUUUUGAGCUCAGCCAAAAAAAUUGUCAAAUUUUUACAGUUUGCUUACUCAGUAAGAAUAGAAGAAAUUGUAUUUGAUUUUAUCAGAGACAAAGACGGAAAAUUUUGAUUUUUAGGUUGCAAAGGGUUUAAUUUAGAUUUAAUUGUGCUAAAGUCAAGAGAAUUAAGAAUUGAGAGCCAAAAAGACAAAUCGCAAGAAGAAAUAGAAGACUUAAAAGAGCAAAGACUAAGUGCAAUGCAUUGCAAAUUAUGCUUGCUGCCUUUUAAACCACACGAAUUAACGCACGUUUUGCCAUUUAAAAUGCUGUUAUUAUAUAAAAGACAUACAAAAAAGUCAGGAAGAAAAACUAUGAAGCUUUCUCACAUAAGACUUUUAGCUAUAGAUUUUUUAAGCCAUAGUGUAAGACUCUGCAAUUUAUGCUAUAUGCUAAUAGUCCAAGAAAAUGAAUUGAUAGAAGUAGAGACAAAAUUGGCAAAUUUAUUAAACGUUGGCAUCAAGCCUGAAGAUCUAACUAGUCAGCCAACUUAUAACCACCCUGCAUUUUUACCAACACUAGCUAUACAAUGGCGAAUUAUGUUUUAUUUCACAGGCAUUGAUAUCCCAAUUUCUUGUAUUUCUCAUCAACUUUUUCUCCAUUUUAAAAUUUUUGAAAAAAUCUACUCGAUGUGUCUUUGUAAAGCAACUAAUCAUACUUCUCAUAUAAAACUAUCAAAGGCGAGGCUAUUUUAUUUUUUUUCAAUAGACAGCAAGCAUGCAGAAAAAUUAUGCGCUAUUGAUUUAGAUAAAGAUUAGAUAAAUUUUCGUGGGUUGCGGAGAAUUGUUUUGCCUCUGCCCAUCCUCAAGCGGCGAUCCAACCUAACGGCUCUUUUCCUAUCGGCAUCGCGGGUCUUUCUGGGAGACUCAUCUGACCUUGCUUGGUCUUGACUUUACGGCCAAGGACUCUCUAAAUCCUUGAUAGUGCUCAGGGUAUGAAUUCACCGUCCAAAGCCUCUUUCUGGGACUAUCAUGCUUUAUCUGGCAAAUAUUAUAUACAUAAAAAUGGUGACGACAGACCACCCGACCUCUCGACCCUAUUUCUUCAACACUAGCAGGCAACGGCCCAGUGUCGGAGAUUUAGGCGGAAAGGGGCCGGUAAUCCUUUAUGUAUGGUCGGGCUGGGUUUUCUUCGAGCCCGAGGAGCUAAUUCUCGGACUUGGAGUUUUUCCUCCAGGGCAACCAUUGGAAAGGGCAAGGUCGGCCAAUGUUUGAGGGCAAUAUGACCCUCAGACCCUGAAGACGGUAUUUGCCCAACGAGAAACUGGGAGUUUCGACCCAGGUGGUUGGCCCUUAGACUCCAGAAGCCAUGGAAGUCAAGACUGGUUGCGCGAAUCCCUUGUUUGAGGCAACAAGGAGGGUGUCCGCCGAGGCUCCUCAGGGGCGAUGAGCGUGUAGGGGUGUGAAUCCCCGGCCCUGCAAGGCAAACGGCUUAAUCUAAUCUAAUCUAAUCUAAUCUGGUAAAUAUUGCUUCCCUAGAAGUAUGAGCUGACACUGUGCCUUCGGUUUAUCGUCUGUGGGCGAGGAAAAAAGCCUGUCAUAGGGUAUUUACCAGGCUAAAUCCUACCUCUAACCUCCUAAAAUAAUGGGAUCAUUUCAUGGGAUCGGAAUGAACUCAAAGUACAUCCUAGUCCUAUAUUCGACUCGCCAUCUUUUAAAUAUGCGCGCUAUUGAAGAAAUGGAGCUUUUUAUAUCUAAAGGAGAAGAUGGGUCAAAAAUCAUAGCUAGUGGGACUUCAAAACCAUUAAGAUUUUUCGGCUGUGAAAUGCAAGAAGGUGAUUCUAUUACUCAGCCUCUAGAAGUUAUAUUAUUUUCUCCUGAUAAAAAAUAUUUCACACUAAAGCUUGUUGCAGGCAUUGCAAGUGACCAUAAGCUAAACCCUAGAACUUUGCAAAUAAACAUAAGGAAAUAUCACAGUACAUAUAUACCUGAUGAAUGCUAUUUUUCAUCAGAUAUUUUGCCAAAUUCUUGGAUGGAGAUUUUUGACCCUGAGUAUAAAGAAAAUGACGGGUCACAGAUUUUGAGUUCUUCUGAAGAGCUUGACCAAGUUUAUUCCCCUGCAUUAGAAAAAGAUUUGAUUCUAAAUACUCCAUUUGGGUCAGGAAAGAUUUUACAUGUAAAUGUUGAUUUGAAUUCUAGUCCAAGAAGCAAAAAAGAGACACCACGAAGCACUCAAGAGACACCAAAACUCUCUCCAAUAAAAAAUAAAAGAGAAAUGCUAACUCUGAAUAUAAAAAAAUUAAAUUCAGAUGGAAAAUUAUUAAAACCUCUGAAAUCUACACAAAGUUCAAGGUCAGCUGCAAAAUUAUUCAAAUCAAGCUCUCUUUCAAACACUCCAUCUGCUAGACUAAAUAGCUUAUCUACAAGGGCCAGAUCUGAUGCAUACUCAACUAAUGAAGAAAACACCAAAGAAGAUGCUGCAAAAGAAGAAACUGACAAAGAGGACACAAAAAGUGAAUUCGGUGAACUAAAAUCCAUUGUACAAAAUUUUCUUUUUCAAAGAAACUUCAAAGAGCAGCGAAUAAGUUUGCCUGUAAAUAUUGUAAACUCAGAAUCUGCUAACUACCAUUUUAGUGAGCAAAACAAUCAGAAAAUCCUAUUUCGUUAGCGCGAGCAAAACAUUUUCAAUCUAAUUUUUUUUUUUUAUUAAUAUUAUUAAUGAUAAAUAAUUAUGUGGUCUCCAACUAAUUAUACUUCAAUUUUAAGCUUAAAAAAUAAAUAUUUAUAUCUUAUUUUAAUGAGGUUUUUAAAGUUAACUUCAUUUUUAUACAAUCUUCUAAAAUAAAAAAAAAUCAUCUCCUUUAGGGAACAAAAAAUUAUUUGCUCACCAAAGAGAGGGGUAAAGAAAUUAAAGAUAAAAAAUUGCCAGAAAUUGCAAAAUCAGAGUCUGUGAAAGAGAUAAUUAAAGAAGAAGCUAGGACAAUAGAUAGAAAAACUGGUAAGAAAAAGAAAGGCAAGAGACCUAAAACAGCUGGAUAUUUAAAGAUUGAGAAGAAAAUUGGAUUGGUGGACAUUUAUGCACCAAAAGAAAUUGAAAAUUUAAGAAAGAUUUUUGAAUAA